CAGUUUCUCCUCUAGUGUAUUUCCAGUUGCCAAUGGCGCUCCUAUACGGUGCUCCUUUCCAUUCUCCUCCGCUUCCCUUUCCCAAGAUCCACCACCCGAACUCCUCCCACAGCUUCUUCUCCGACGCCUCUUCGGCUUCCGCUAGCAGUGGCUGCUGUUGCAAGUCCAGGAGGCGAAGCUCCAGCGUGGUGGCGUCCGCAACUGGCGCUCCCGGUGCCGUUUCCGUUGCCGCAUCGGAGCCGUCGGUUGCGCCGCGUAAGCUGAGGAUUCUGAUAGCCGGCGGCGGGAUCGGGGGGCUGGUGUUUGCGCUGGCGGCGAAGAGGAAAGGGUUCGAGGUGUUGGUGUUCGAGAAGGACGUGAGCGCGAUACGAGGGGAGGGGCAGUACAGAGGUCCAAUCCAGAUACAGAGCAAUGCUCUGGCGGCGCUGGAGGCCAUCGACAUGGACGUCGCCGAGGAGGUCAUGAAUGCUGGCUGCAUCACCGGGGAUCGAAUCAAUGGGUUGGUGGACGGAAUCUCCGGGAGCUGGUACACCAAGUUCGAUACUUUUACUCCUGCAGCAGAACGAGGGCUUCCAGUUACCAGAGUUAUCAGUCGAAUGACUUUGCAACAAAUAUUAGCUCGCGCUCUUGGUGAUGACCUCAUUCUAAAUGACAGCAAUGUUGUAGACUUCGUAGAUAAUGGGGACAAGGUAACUGUAGUGCUUGAGAAUGGGCAGCAACAUGAAGGUGAUCUUUUGGUUGGAGCUGAUGGAAUAUGGUCAAACGUACGUAAAGUUCUAUUUGGAUUCACAGAAGCAUCUUAUUCAGGCUAUACCUGCUACACUGGUAUUGCAGAUUUUAUUCCUCCAGAUAUUGAAACCGUUGGGUACCGGGUAUUUCUAGGGCACAAACAAUAUUUUGUUUCUUCUGAUGUGGGUGCUGGGAAGAUGCAAUGGUAUGCAUUUCACAAUGAGCCUCCUGGUGGAACUGAUGUUCCAAAUGGUAAAAGGAAAAGACUUCUUAAAAUAUUUGGUGGCUGGUGUGAUAAUGUUAUAGAUUUACUAGAAGCAACCGAUGAGGAAGCAAUUCUUCGUCGUGACAUAUACGAUCGAAUACCAAUUAUGAAUUGGGGAAAAGGUCGUGUGACAUUGCUUGGUGACUCAGUCCAUGCAAUGCAACCAAAUAUGGGUCAAGGUGGUUGCAUGGCCAUUGAGGAUAGUUAUGAACUUGCUCUAGAACUUGAAAAAUCCUGGAAUCAUAGUGUUAAAACUGGGCAGCCAAUGGAUAUCAUAUCUCCUCUAAAGCGUUAUGAGGAAGAAAGAAGACUCCGAGUUGCUGUCAUAUACGGAAUGGCACGAAUGGCAGCAAACAUGGCCUCCACUUACAGGCCCUUCCUGGGUGUAGGAUUAGGACCCUUAUCGUUUUUGACCAAGUUUCGGAUUCCUCAUCCCGGAAGGGUUGGUGGGAGAUUUUUGAUAAAACUUGCAAUGCCGCUAAUGCUCGAUUGGGUUCUUGGAGGAAAUAGCUCAAAACUUGCUGGAAGACCAUUAAGCUGCCGUUUGUCGGACAAGGCAAGUGACCAGUUAAAAAGAUGGUUUGAAGAUGAUGAUGAAAUGGAAAGAGCUAUGGGUGGAGAGUGGUAUCUUUUCCCUACAUCAAUUGGCGACGGUGACACAUUAAAACCUAUCCAUUUGGUCAAAGAUGUGCAUAGACAAUUAGUAAUUGGAAGUCGGGCACCUGCUGAUAAACAAAAGGGAUCAAUUGUGAUUAAUUCACCACAGGUAGCUGAGGAACAUGUACGUAUAACUUGCAAAGACAAUGUCUUCUUUUUGACUGAUUUGCGUAGUCAAUAUGGCACCUGGAUUACUGAUAAAGAAUGGAGACGGUAUCGUGUGCCUCCUAAUUUUCCUGUACGUAUACACCCAUUUGAUGUCAUUGAGCUCGGCAAUGAUAAAAAGGUUACUCUUAGGGUGAAGGUAACAAAGGCACUGCCAAAAACACAUACCAACGGAGAACAGCCAAUCCUACAAGCUGUGUGAUGAUAUCGGGUUAUUCUCACUGGCCAUAGUUCAUUCACAGCAGUCAUAGCAAAUAAUACAUUGUAUUACAGUUUUUUGAUUUGAUGUCUCAAAGGGAUACACGUCUUUGUUGCACUUACGCAACUUCUAUCAUUCAAGUUCGAUCCAAAUGAGAGAAAUUAAUCCAGAAGGGAACGCAGAUUCUGUUCCCUUUCUUUUUCUUCCUCC